UGGGAUUCCGUUACCUGUUCCGAGAAAGCCGAAAGCCACAACGAAAAGUAAUAGAUUUAUUUAUUAGGUCAUAUUAGAUAUAAAUGCCUCACUUGGCUUUAAAUUUUCGCAGAAAACAGUCGCAAAGUUGCGAUCGAUUUUAACAUUUUCAAGAGGUGCUCAACAUACCUCAAAAUGCAAUUCAUAUUUGCGGUACUGUUGCUGAUGGCAUAUGGUGUCAUACCAAAUAAGUGUAGAUUCGCCUCUGAAGUGUCAACCAUCACAUAUGAAACGAAGUACAACGGGGACUUCGACAAGAACAUUGGAUGUCAAAUUUCACUGAAUGAUGACCUCGAUCAACACCAACCGCUAUUUAUUGUACCGGGCACAUCAAGAUUUGUCACUCCGACAGCAAACACCACCGAUUUGCAAUUCAAAAGCGGUGAACAGGUGGAGCUCCAUUGCUGUCAUGGUUUUCUCAUAUCGGAUGCAACAUCGAUAAUUGCAACCUGCAAUGGGAAAGAUAAAUUCAUCCACCAUAGCAAAGUGUACGACAUUUCGCAUUUGACUUGUCGAGAUCCCGUUUUUCACAUUGCCUCGAGAGUAGGAACGCUUUGCUACAACAAUGGAACGCUCAUCAAGGUUGGGUUCGAUUUGGGUACCCGAUUCCUAACACUUUAUGAAAUCUGCUUCGACGAAAAGCUUCUUCAAACUCACUACGUUAAAUACGGUCUAGCUCCGUGGAAUAUCAAGCACGAAAGAGCCAAACGUGAUCAUUUCUUGCAGGGUGAUUUUUUCCCCGAUAUGGAGAUGGCUGAGAUCUAUUCGUUCGAUGUACAGCACGCCACAUUGGGAUUGAUACUGGGUUCUACGAAUCGUGCUAACAAUUUGCUGAAUCGAAGGAAGGACAUUUUCAUAGCAAAAGGACGACUCGCCGCGCAAGCAGAUUUUGUCUAUGGGUCACAGCAAGCAGCCACGUUUCGAUACAGUAACGUUGCUCCACAGUGGGAAAAGUUCAGAACAUUCAACUGGCAGCACAUUGAAAACGGUGUUAGAGCCUUUGUAACUCGGCAUAAUUUGAAUGUGACCGUGUACACUGGAACGUAUGGAGUCAUAGAACUGCCCGACGCUAACGGAAAAAUGCAACCAAUUUACUUGGAUUAUGACGUGCGUAGUGGCGGCCGCGUUCCCGUGCCGAAAAUAUUCUACAAAAUUCUUCACGACCCACAGCACAGUGCAGGAAUCGCCUUGAUUGGUGUUAACAAUCCCUACGCCAGCUUAAGCGACAUUGAGAAGGAUUAUCUGUUUUGUGAGGACGUGUCGCGAAGAAUUAACUGGUUGGAAUGGAUUCCUGACUACAUUCCCGGAGGAUACACUUACGCGUGUGAAGUGAAUGAGUUCAACGAUGUUAUUCGGCACCAUAAAUUUGAUGAGAUAUCAAAUUUGUUGGUUUAGAGUAACUACUUUUACGUACCAGUAGCACAAACGAAAGUGAUAUCACAAUAGCACAGGAGGCUUCUACGUUCCGAAUGGACAUGAUUGCAGAACACUAUUAGCGCAGUUUUCUGCUUUGUUGAUCUAUUUGAAGCAUCAUUUCACGGUUUGUAAACCGGGUGAUAAAAAUAAUUGAUGCAUUAUUUAUGUUAGCUGUGUAAUUAUAAAGAGUUGAAAAUACAUUAUUUUGUCUGAAUAAAGGCUAGUCCGUACAUA